AUAUAAAGAAACAAAACACCAAACAAAAUAAAAAAUAAAAAAUACGGGCCCUUUAAUUUUAACCCAUCGCUCUCGCCAUAUAAAAUUGAGGCCCUAAAACCCUAAUUUCUCUCCAGCAUUUGGUUCUCGACUCUCGAAGUCAAAACCCUACCAUCGAGACCAAACAGAACAGAAGGUGCUGAGGAUGAGUAGAGGCAUCGCGCCGGGUGGGCCCAAGGGGGGCAAGAGGAAGGGAGCGACGUUCACGAUCGACUGUGCGAAGCCGGUGGAGGAUAAGAUCAUGGACAUUGCCGCUCUGGAGAAGUUUCUCCAGGAGAGGAUCAAGGUCGGCGGAAAGCCCGGCGCUCUCGGUGACUCCAUCACCGUCGCACGGGAAAAGCACAAGAUCACCGUCGUCUCCGACAGCAACUUCUCUAAGCGCUAUUUGAAGUACUUGACAAAGAAAUUCUUGAAGAAGCAUGAAGUGCGGGAUUGGCUUCGGGUUAUUGCUUCCAACAAGGACCGUAAUGUUUAUGAACUGCGGUACUUUAACAUUGCUGAGAAUGAGGCUGAAGAUGAAGACUGAAGUUCUGGACCAGUAUUUAAUCUUAAGGGCUCUUUGUCUUAUUUGUUGCUUCUCUUAUGGUAAAAUCUUCUUUACAUACUUCAUUUUGUUAUGAUUUCUUUUGUACUUUUUGGAAUCAAAAACUUGAAACUUCAUUUAUAGUUCAGCUAACGACAAUGAAUCUGCCUUACCUUAUUGCUAUUA